AUAAUUAGUUAAUCCUUCUGUUGUAAUACUUAUUUAUCCUAUCAAAAAAAACGGACAUUAAAAAAGAUAUUACGCAGUCAAUUGCAAGUAAAAUUCUACUCAAAAGCGUUCUUGUGUUUCAACAACAAACGCCUGCCUAGGCACACACGCUCAUUACCCAUACUACGACGCCACUAUAGCAACAGGUUCCCAUCAUUAUUAAAUCGAUAAUAUCAAAACAACGGCAAAACGAUGCGCUACGACCGUCCCGGACACAGCACGACAAGACGAAUCCACAGUAAGUUAGAAGUAAGAUGGUGUAGCACAUUAAACUAUGCUCUCGCGAAUGACGAUGCUUCGGAGUGAUGGUGUCAUAGAUUAAACCAAAAACAGUUUCACAUCCUGAAUCUGAGAGUAAAAGUGAAUCGAUAUAGGUACAGUAACGACAACAUAAGGAGAACUCAAAGUCAGUGUCUUCUCGCGCCAAACGAAGUACAGAAAAAAAACAGUUGAAAAGAUUCAGAAUUCAUUAGGCGUCUCGUAGCGUGGCAAAGUAAACAGUUACAGUGCCUUUUGCUAGCUGCCUGUCCUUCCAGCCAGCCUGCCUUUGUGACCCGUUUCGUUGUGUGCUGUGACGGAACAUUCCUGUUCCUUGUGUGAUACAGCAGUGGGAAGCAUAUAAUCUGUUAUGAAUUUUUGAUUUCUUCUCCUACUGUUGUAGGCUGCAGGAAUGUAACGACAUCCUUCUCUUGUGACAGGUGCCACAGAACCGGCGGUGAAUAGUUGAGCUGUUCGUUCGCUUUUGUGCUGGCUUGUUGGGUUCUUCGAACCACAGCUACUAAUCACAAAGACUCUUCUCAAAACUUCACUGUGACUUCCUACCCAGACGCGAACCAUUCGGGAUGUAAAUUCGUUCGUGCUGCAAAGGAAAACAGUGUCCGCAGUGGUGGCUGCCUGGUGGAAGUGGUAACGCUGCUCUUCGUGACGCGUGAGAAAAUCUUCUUCUGUUUUAAAAGCGGUUUUUUUGUUGGUUUGUUUGCUUCGUUCUCAUUUUUAUUGUUAGCAGUGAGAGUAAGAAACAAUAGAAUACAAUUAGUGCGAACAGCAACAGGAAAGUGCUCAAGUGUAACGGAAAUAGUACGACCGUAGGGGUGGUGAUUCGAACAAAUAAACGAAAACCCGUACAAAAUGGAUGACAUUUUCGGUAAGAAAAAGGAGGUCGUCCCCAUACUGGACCUUUCCAAGUCGAGCGCAACGACGCGGGAAGAGUUUAAGCGUAUGAUCGAGAAGGUACCGGACUAUAAGAUGCGUCCGAUCAAAGUCCGGUCGGAUGAGAUCCGGUUCAAGGAGAAGGAGUAUGGGUUCAAGAUGCAAAAAAAGGAACUGAGGAUGCUGAUGAAAAAUGGUGGCGAACGGGAUAAGCUGUACGCGUACAUGGAUCCAAUACCGGGCGAGAUGCGCAAUCUAGUCAUUAUGGAGCUGUGCAGUGUACCGAUCGAUUGGAAAAUGCUUACGAGCCAGCGGCCAAAAACGAAGGUGGAAGAAGAUUACUUCAGCAAGUUGGUUGAGUUAGGCAAACUGCAGAUUAAAACCAUCCAACGUGACAAGCGGGAAAAUCUGCUCGCCACCUCCGUACGCAAGGUGAAAAAUCGUUCUGGCAUUAUCGAAUCGCGCGUCUUUACCUGCAACGAAUGUAUGGAAGAGUUUUGCAAUGGUAAAACUUGUGCCGACUUUAACUACGAUCUGUACACGCGUGUCGUGCCGAAAGCCCCGCUGCUGAAAACUAACUCGCAGCAACAAUUGUCCCUAAACGGAGGUGUGGGUGGUGGUGGCGGGCCGGGUAGGAUGCUGGGCGACCUGAACCAGAAAAGUAUCGACAGUGGUAGCGGAACGGCAGCGGCCACUGGUGGUGGAGGUGGGAAGAAGGGUCGCAAAGGGGGACGCAAGAAGGGAUCGAAAUCGAAGGCAAAAUCGGUAGAGGCGAUCGAUGAGGAGGGCAAUCAAACGGGUGGCGGAGGAAAUGGGGCGACCGGUGGUGGUCAUGGUGGGGGCAAGAAAAAAGGUAAACGGUCGUCACGUAGCAAAACGCCACCAAAGUCAAAAUCGAUGGAAAAGUAAUCAAAGGCCAUUUCACCGCGCUGUCUGGGAACGCCAACACCAUGCGCGGCCCUUGUGCCACUUACAGCUAUCGGAUGGCUAAAGUUUCGAAUGAUUACUUAUGAAUGUGUACGUAUGAGUGCUUUUUCUGUUUUUGCAAAGCUUUGAGAAAGGAAAGAAAACACGACACGUGCAGUUGGCAAUACGCGUAUCGCCCUGGGCUAAUUAUUUAGUCCAUUGACCGUGGACGCGAAUGGCGGGAAAUUGCAUAUCGCUUUGAACAAUCAGUUGAUAGGAAAAUAAUUUAUGUAAUUAAAUAUGCACUACGCAAAUAUAGUUGAAAAAAAAAGUCGAAAUCUUCUGCAGCUAGAAUAUUUUAGUUAAACAAUAAAAAAAUGAAUAAAAAGUUCUGUUUGGAAUGUAACAAAUAUUUCAAUCACAAUUGAUUGUUUUAAUUAAGCGAGAACAAUUAAAAAUACUCCUUCAUUGUUGAACGGUUACUUUCAUUGCCGAGGAAAAUAUAGAACAUACGGUGUCACUAGUCGACCGGACCAGCCAAAAAGAAUAGUCAUGUUUGAUGGCAAAUACAUUUCAUAUUCUACUCUUCUGUUUGCAGUGUAUUAUUUAGAAUGGUUUAAGCCUUAUUUAGAAAUUCAUUUGUUAUUUGGUAUUCACCUUUAACCUGAAAACCCAUUAUCAUUAAUACUAGCCAAAUUUUUUAAAUAUACGAACUCUAUCCACAAUCUCAAACCUUGAGAGAAACUACGACAACAAAUCGUUCCUUUACGACCUGUGUUAGUACAACUAACGGAAACGGAAUAUUUUACAAGUGAUCUUGUCACUGCCGACAGCUACGACAGGUCGAGUGAUUCAUUAUGUACUGGCGAACGAAAAAUGGCAAUCGUAUGUAGACGUAUCAUCUGUCUAUCCAUUUUAGACCGUUAGCUGAACUUCGUUAGUUGAUCGUGAAGUGGAAAUAACAUUUGAAUAUAUAAUAACUGAUUUAGACAAAAUAAGAAUACAACGUGCUGUUGAACUUCUUUGCAAACAU